AUGGAUUCACCGUCCCCAGCCGUUCGAGAAUCUGAUCCUUACCGGGAGAUCGAGCUCUACCUCGAGAAAGUUCAGGAGGAGAUCGGCGAUGUCUUCGAACACUGGCAGGAUGUGGAGCCCGCUGCUCCGAAGCCGGCGCAGUCCCCCGAGGCAGAGGCGCAGUCGCAGCCGGACUCUGACCCCGAGCAGCCGCAGCAGCCGCCCGCGGAUGCAGGCCCUGAGCCCGCUGCGGACCCCGAGCCGGAGCCCGAGCCCGAGCGCGCAGCGGCCAGCACGCAGGUGAGGGGCGGCGAGCGGCGGCGGCGGCCGCGGUUCCGGAGGCCCGCCAAGCCGGCCGACGAGCGCGACGCCGGCGACUGCCCGCAGCCGCUGGCCGAGUUCGACGCGGUGGUGGCCCGCGAGCUGAGCGCGCUGCGCCUGGGUGCGGUGGACGCGGGCACGCAGACGUCGCCGACGCUGUCGCGCAGCUCCAGCCUGACGUCGGACUGGUCCCUGGCGCUGCCGUGCAGCCACUCCAGCGCCUCCAGUACCGCCUCCUGCUGCGAGUCCGGGCUGGGCACCGCCUCUCCGAGGCUCGCCGCCACCCAACUGUGGACGGAGCAUGAAGGCGCGCAGUGCAGGAGCGCCGAUGACCUUCUGCUCUCCAAGGUCCAGGUGGCUCCGGGCCCGCUGUCCGCGUCUGCCACCAAGUGCUCCUCGGCGCCGCUGCUCGCUGGCUCCCAGAAUUCAACGCUGAAGAAGUCGCGGCACGAGAGGCAUAUCCCAGAGAUCGAGUCAGCAGAAGCAUGCAAGUGGCUUCGUGCUGCGGGAUUCCCUCAGUAUGCGCAGAUGUACGAAGAUGGGCAUUUCCCCAUCGACCUGAACAGCGUGCAUAGGGACCACCCGUUCCUGGAUGCCGACUCGCUGAAGUCGCUCUUCCGCCGGCUGCACACGCUCAACAGGAGCGCUGCUAUCAGAGUCGACAAGACCAAGAGCCACGUGUCUGCUGACGACAGUGAGGAGGAGCUGGAGUGCGCGCUCAGCGAGCAGUGGACGUUCCAGGCGCGGUCCCGGCGCUGGUCGCGGCUUGAUGACGCAAGCGCGGCGGGGGUGGAUCAGGAUACGCUGCGCGUGCCCAGCCAGAGCUCUGUGCACGACCAGGAGCGCGACCACGACCGCGACGCGUCUCCCGGGUCGUCCGCCGCCGCGUCGGCGGCCGACGCCCCCGCAUCACCCAGCGUGCGCCGCAGCGGCAGUGAACGGCUCAAGGACAGCGCGCGGGCUCUGCUGAAGCGCGUCGACAGCCUCAAGGCGCGCCGCCGCAAGCGCCUGCACCGCGAGGCCGCCGUCGUCCAGGGCCCGCAGCUGGAGGUGUCGCUGUCAGACUCGGAGGUCGGUCCGACGAGCUGGCGCGCCCAACAUGACAAGGUGUUGGAGCUGUUGGACGCGGACAGCAAGGGGUCACAGGAUGAAGAUCUCAACAGGCCUUCGGCGAGUGCCAAUCUGCGCGCCCAGCUGCGGGGCGGCAGUCUGCGCCACCAGACGCCGGUCCAUCACUCCUUCCACAAGGCCGAAUCAUUCGCCGCAGGGGGCAGCGAAUCCGCACUGUCGGCGUCGCUGGAUAGCCACGAGUCAACUAGCACGUUGGCUGACAGCGACCGCGACGAAGCAGAUGCCUCCCCGCGGCAUAGGUGCGUGCGCUGGCACAGCUUCCGGCGUGCUGGGCUGACUGCGGCUGCUGUGGCCGCGGCUGCUGCUGCUGCCGGCUGGGAGCGUGACAAGGAGGAGCGGCGCGCGCAGAGGCAGCGGCAGCGCCGCCAGUUGGGCGCGCUCUCCGCCGGCCAGAUGCUCGUGCUGCGCAAGCUGGCGCUGCUCAAGCUCACCGCCUGCAUGGAGAAGUACUGCCCCACUCACCGCUCCGGCUGGAACUGGGAGCUCCCCAAGUUCAUCCGCAAGAUCAAGACGCCCGACUACAAAGAUAAGAGUGUGUUUGGAGUUCCACUGGUCGUAUCUGUACAGCGAUCUGGCCAGGCCCUGCCUCGCUGUAUCCAGAUUGCCUUGCGCUGGCUUGAAAAUAAUGCCCUUGACCAAGUUGGGUUGUUCCGCAAGUCUGGAGUGCGCUCUCGUAUACAUAAACUGAAGAUCAUGACAGAGACUCAUGGAGACCUUGUCAGCUAUGAAGGCCAACAAGCAUAUGAUGUUGCUGACAUGGUAAAGCAAUAUUUUAGGGAGCUUCCAGAUCCACUAAUGACGAACAAGCUCUCAGAAACAUUCAUAUCAAUCUUCCAGCAUGUAUCAGUGGCAAGCCUCCGUGCUGAAGCUGUACGUUGUGCACUGCUUCUGCUACCAGAUGAACACCGAGAAGCACUACAGGCUCUAUUGUGGCUGUUAUCAUGUGUAGCUCAACAUUCCAGUGUCAAUCAGAUGACUGCCAGCAAUAUUGCAGUAUGCCUUGCUCCCUCCAUUUUUCAACUGCAGCCUGAGCUUGCUGAAAAUCGGGCAGCUCAUGAUUGUCUUCUCUACCUUAUCACAGAACACAAACAUCUUUUCACAGUGACAGACGAAAUGCUCUCCCAGUGUCACUUUAACUAUAUGGAAGAAAGUGUUCCAGUUACAAUGGAGGAGCUAGGCAGUGACAUGCACCAAGACUGGCGAGGGUAUCUUUAUGCUUGCACUACAGCUCUUCUCAAGGAAGCAAGAGACAGAAGUAGAGGCUGGAUCUUUGUACCAUGCACAGCUGAUACCUUAGUGGAAAUGUCAUACAAAAAAGUUGGUGAUGGUCAUCCACUUCGUCUGUGGCGGGUCAGCACAGAAGUUGAAGCACCACCACAGGAGCUGUUACAAAGGGUACUUCGUGAGCGUCAUAUGUGGGAUCAUUCUCUUCUAAAAUGGAGGGUUGUUGCAAAACCUGAUACUCGUGGGGAAGUAUUCCAGUAUGUGUGCUCAAGCAUGGCUCCGCUGCCUUCCAAAGAUUAUUGUGUGCUCAGGUCUUGGAGAACAGAUCUCGCUAAAGGAGCAUGCAUAAUAGUUGAAACAUCAGUAGAGCAUGCUGAAGCACCUAUAAUGCCUGGUGCAGUCAGAGGCAUUGUUCUAGCUUCAAGGUACCUAAUUGAACCUUGUGGAUCUGGAAAGUCUCGCAUAAUUCAUCUUUCCAGAGUUGAUACUAAGGGACGUACCCCAGACUGGUACAAUAAAAGCUAUGGACAUAUUUGCGCUAUGUACCUAACCCAUAUUAGGUGUUCAUUCAAACAUAAUAGUGAUGGGCCUGAAAGUAAAGUCUGAGAAGUAAAACAUUGGUGUUCACUGAAAAACAGUAUUUUUAGUUCUUGAAGUUUGGAUGCUGAGUUCUGAAGAUUAUUAUGGGGCUGACAUUCCAUCAGCCUUCCAAAAUGGCUAAUUAAAUGUACUAAGUGUUUAGAAUUCAAGAAAUUCUUGAACUAUUCAUGAUUAUGUGAAGUAUUGGUUUCUAAAUGAGUAUAUAGAGUAUUGUUUAUGAUAUAAUUGUGGUGCUUGUUUCU